UCUAUGCGUAAAAAAAAAUGUAAACAUUUGUUAUGUUUUAAGUUUCUAGCUGAAUUAAGAACAUACUUUUUUAGUGUUUUGUGUCUACAGUGUCGCAUAUAUUGAGAAUUUAGGGACUUUUAAUAUCUUGUAUCUUAGAUUGUGACCAAUCAGAUGGUGAGUGGCACAUCAAAAACACUUGGCAUAAUGGAGGUUGCCAAGUUAGACGAACAAAAGAGCAAAGAUUUGUUCAAGACUCCACUAAAUCAUUUAAUAAAACGGAGAAAGAAAAUUUUAGAUGAAGAUUUGUAUAUAAAGAAUGUUGGUGAUAUUAUUGAACGUGACUUUUUUCCUGAUCUGAGGAAGUUCAAAAAUGAAGCAGAAGGUUUAGAAACAAGUGGAAAGUUCCGGGUCGAUACAAGUGAACUUGGACCCUCAGUGCCGCCUCUAGGUGGGUCGAGUCCAGCAACCUUCGAGACACCAGCAGCAGAACGCAGGGAGGAUGAAGAGCGAUCAGCUGCCGACAUCAAAGACAUUCCUGGCGACAAAACAGAUGGUCAGCAAGAGGAGGAAAAGGGUAAGCUAAGCCUUGAUGAGUUUUUGGCAAACCAUACGAGUGAGGACAAUGAAAAUUUUGAAGUCAUCAUAAAGGAAGCAAGUGAGCGGGCACGUCGGAAAAACACCUGGCUGCAGAUAGCUGAAAUUGAAUACGCGCAAGACCGGGGUGAUGUCUUACGUGUGCCGUCCAUAGAGGAGCAGGCUAAUCCAGGACCUCGGCCGUUAAACCUUGACACGUGGGGGCUCCACAACCAGAACUACAUUAUGUACGUUCCUGAUGGCGUGCCUCCAACCAGGGAAGAGAUGAUUGAGCAGGCUACCAAGAGGCGGACCAUCGUCCACGACAACACGAGACUACAGGCCAAUCCCUUCAAUGAACGACACAACAAGGAGAUCAUCCAGCACCUUGCCCAGACGCAAGCUUAUCACACGGUCGAUGGGAAGAUUGGCGUCGAUGGUAGGGAAAUGGUCAGGACAGAAACCCCGAAGGUGAAUGGUUUCAGCUUCGUAGGAACCCCGUCCCCUGCCCCUGGAGUGAACGAGUCUCCACUCAUGACGUGGGGCGGAGUCGACAGUACGCCUUUCCAGCUUGGAGGAAACGACACGCCAAUGCUUUCAUCGAAGGGCCGGUCAUUCCGAAUCGCGGAACCACCGAAGCGAGAGAGACUGGCGAUGGAACUGGCCGGAAAGGCUUCGGAGGGGCUCCGCUCUCGCAAGCAGAAAGCCUUGGAGGUGGCCAGGCGGAAGUUGGGCACUCCGACGCCUGGCUCCACAUCUGGGGUGUCGCUAGAUCGACUCAACUCCAUGUCUCCUGCAGCCCGCCGGCUGUCUUCCCAGCUGAGGUUGCCACGAUCGCGACUGUCCACCCCAGGCAAGCCCACCAUUACAACUCCUGGACGUUCCACUCGCCCUGUCCUCGACCUAAAGCUCUCAUCAGCCAAUACUGAGUCCAAGAGGAAGGUUGGGACGCCUGCCAACCAUAUCACUGAUGAUUUGUUGCAACUUCCUUCUCUGCCGAAACGUCCAAGAGCAUCAGACUUUUUUUGAAAGAAAAAAAACUGUCCAGAUGUUUUGUGAUUGCUGCGUUUAGUGAUUCUUUGAUACUGUUGUUUUCUUUUGUAAAUUUAAAUGAGAUGUAAUUUUAUUUUAAAGAAUUUUUUGAAUCAUA